AUGGAAGAUAUUCUCGGCCUUUUAAGAAUUCACAUCAAGCGUGGUUGCAACCUCGCCAUUCGUGAUGUCAGCACCAGCGAUCCAUACGUGGUUGUUAAGAUGGACAAGCAGAAGCUGAAGACUCGUGUGAUUAAGAAGGAUAUUAACCCUGAGUGGAAUGAAGAUCUUACUCUUUCUGUAACAGAUCCCACUACUCCACUUCAACUGACUGUCUUUGAUCAUGACACUUUCACCAUGGAUGACAAAAUGGGAGAUGCAGAAGUUGACAUCGCACCAUACAUAGAAGCCUUAAAGAUGAACUUAGAUGAGCUUCCCAGUGGAACCAUUGUCACAAGAAUACAACCAUGCAGGCAAAACUGUCUAGCGGAGGAAAGCUGCGUGGUUUAUGAGGAUGGCAAACUUGUCCAAAACAUCGUUCUAAGACUGCGACACGUUGAAUGCGGUGAGGUGGAAAUUCAAUUGGAAUGGAUUAAUCUUCCUGGCGCCAAGGGUCUUUGA